AAGAGCCUUCCUCAGGGAAUUUUAGCUUAUUGAACAUCAGAAGACGCAUAUGGGAAAUAAACUCCAUGUAUACAGUAUAUGUGGGAAAGCAUUCUACAGAAAGUUCAAGCUAACUGAGCACCAGAGAACUCAUACAGGAGAGAAAGCCUACAAAUGUACUGAAUGUGGAAAAGCCUUCUUUAGGAAGGCAAAACUCACUACACACCAACAAAACAAAACAGGAGAAAAACUCCAUGUAUGCAGUGAGUGUGGAAAAGCUUUCUCCAGAAAAUCACAGCUCAUUCUGCAUCAGAAAAUUCAUACAGGAGAGAAAUCUUAUAUAUGCAGUGAGUGUGGGAAAGGUUUCAUACAGAAGGGCAAUCUCCUCAUACAUCAACUAACUCACACUGGAGAGAAACCCUAUGGAUGCACUGAAUGUGGUAAGGCCUUCAUUCAGAAGGCAUGCCUCAUAGCACAUGAGCGAUUCUAUACAGGAAAGACUUCCUUUGUAUGUACUGACUGUGGAAAAUCUUGUUCACAGAAAUCAGGACUUAAACCUCAGAGAGUUCACACAAGAGAGAAACCUUAUGUGUGCAGUGACUGUAGGAAAGCCUUCACCACAAAGACAAUGCUCACUGUCCAUCGAAGAACUCACAUGGGAGAGAGGCCCUAUAGAUGCAACAACUGUGGGAGAGCUUUCUCCCAGUCAUGUCUGGUUAAACAUAAGAGGAUACACAUAAGAGAGAAACAAGUAGAUUCCGUGAAGCUGACAAAGGGUCACAGCUUCUUAGAUACUAGUGAACUCUUGCAGGGGAAAAACCCUGUUAAUAUAGUGACUGUGCAGAUGCCUUCUGUGACCCCUCAGACAUCAUUACACAUCAGUGGACUCCUAGCAGGUGGGAAUGUAGUCCUGAUGGAACAGCCAGCUGCCAGAUGUGCACCCUCAGGAGGUAACAGAGAGUUUGUGCAGGAGAGAAAGGUUUAUGGAUGCCAUGAAUGUGGUUAUGCCUUCAGUGGUCAAUUACAUCUUAUUUUAUGUCACGAAAAAUACAUAGGAUGAAAACUGGUGCAUUCUCUUUGGAAAAGCCUUGGGCCAUAAUGUAUAGCUGAUUGCAUGGUUAUAUGUAAACAGGAAGCCUGUGAAUGCAGAAGUUAGGAAAGCUGUGUUUUGGAAGAAAGACUGCAUCAUCAGUGAUUACCAUUGGUCAUAGGUGAGCUUAUAGUGGGUAAAAAAUAUGAGAGUGGUAAAACCCUUGCCCCCAAUAGGUAUCAUUACAUACUAGAGAGAAACUGUUGGAAAGCAGUGAAUGUGGCAAGGUUUUCAGUGGUACAUUCUGCCUCAUCCAUCAGCUGGUGAAAUCAUACACAAAACACUGUGAACAUCACUACUUGACAAGUAUCUUAAUUAGUUCUUGUGAGGCAAAGCCUGUGAAAAUGAGGGGUAUUUGAGAGCUUUAUGUACCAUUUCCCACUUUAAUGCAUUACAAAAUAUACCUGAUGUACAUUUUUGGAUAGGAAACCUGGAACCAUAUUCUUCGUUACUAUGCUUAAAAGUGGAAAUGUUAGUCACUCAGUUAUGUCUGACUCUUUGUGACCCCAUGGACUGUACCUGCCAAGCUCCUCUGUCCAUGGAAUUCUCCAAGCAAGAAUACUGGAGUAGGUUGCCAUUCCACUUGCCAGGGGUUUGACCCAGGGAUCGAACUAGGGUCUCCUAUAUUGCUGGCAGAUUCUUUCCUGUCUGAGCAACCAGGGAAGCCUGGUUACUAUGCUUAUGUUUCCAUAAUUUUAAGGAGAUAAUCUACCUCACAUCACUGGUUAUAUUCAUUUCGUAUAUUCAUUCAUUUCUCCCAACUGAAAAAAAAAUUAUCUUCAACACCCACCCAGUAUAUGAUAAUUAGCUGCUACAUUUCUUUGACUCUAAAUAUAUUUAAAUAUUAUUUCAGCAAAUUGUAUUUUCUAAUAAGAAAAAUGAAUAUUAAGGUCAUAAAUGCAACUUAAUGUCCUUGAAUAAGCUUAACUUCAACUGAUAAAUAAGACCAAGCAUUAUACAAUAAAGGUCACCUUAAAUGUGAUUUUUUAAGAUUUCCUAGACUUGCAAAGGUAGUGAAAUGAAGGUUUGCAAAGUGAACUGAAAGCCCAAAAACAAUUAGUAAUUUAAACCUAUAAAUUAGAUAAUAAAAUACAU